GUCAAACGCGAGCGAACCGGACGGAGUGUGUGUGAGAGAGUGAGAGAGAGGGAGAGGGAGCGAGAGAGGGAGAGAGUGUGUGUGUGUGUGUUUAUUUUAUGUUUUUAUUUUUUUAUGUUCAUGGAUUAGCGGAGGAGACAGAAAUGACCGCCCCUUUGUUGUAGUGUUAUGUAUUUUCGUUUAAACCGGACGAGACAGUGACAGAAGGCAGAAAUGGACCACGAGUUUGAGGACAUUGACUCAGAAGGCCGGUGGCAGAACCUCUACCUGGAAAUACGCAACCAGUCUCAGGAAUGCCCUUUCAAGGUGGCAAAAUAUCCAGAGAACCGCAACCGCAACAGAUACAGAGAUGUCAGUCCGUUCGAUCACAGUCGGGUGAAGCUGGGAAACACAGAGAACGACUACAUCAACGCGAGCCUGGUGCAGAUGGACGAAGCCCAAAGAAGUUACAUCCUAACUCAGGGCCCUCUGAGGACGACCUGUGGUCAUUUCUGGCUCAUGAUCUGGGAGCAGAGAACCAAAGCGGUGAUCAUGCUGAACAGAGUCAUAGAGAAAGGCUCAGAAAAGUGUGCGCAGUACUGGCCGACGCAGGAAGAACUCGAGAUGUCGUUCCGCGACACACGCUUCGUGGUGAGGCUGCUAUCAGAAGACGUUAAGUCCUACUACACCACCCGGCUGCUGGAGCUGCAGAACGCAAACACGGGGGAGAGGAGAGAGAUCUACCACUUUCAUUACACAACAUGGCCAGACUUCGGCGUUCCAGAGUCCCCGGCAUCCUUCCUGAACUUCCUCUUUAAGGUGCGGGAGUCCGGCUCUUUGGGGACGGAUCACGGACCGGCAGUCGUCCACUGCAGCGCAGGAAUCGGCCGAUCUGGAACGUUCUCUCUGGUCGACACCUGUCUCGUACUGAUGGACAAGCGGAAAGACCCGUCCUCUGUGGACAUUAAGAAGGUGCUGCUGGACAUGAGAAAGUACAGGAUGGGUCUGAUCCAAACGCCUGACCAACUGCGCUUCUCCUACAUGGCCGUUCUGGAGGGGGCCAAGUACAUCAUGGGGGAUUCGUCACUGCAGAAACAAUGGCAGGAGCUUUCCAAAGAGGACCAGGAGCGCGUGUGUGAGUCUCCACCCCCUCAGCCCCCGAAAUGCCCCUCAGAGCGCUACAACGGCAGCAGGCUGAUCCGGCCCGAUGAGCCCGGAGACGUCGAGGCGGCGAAGAAAACGACCUCAGACAUGAAGGAGGCUGACGGAGACGGGUGCACAGCCAAUGCUCGGAAGAGACAAAGAGAGGAGAAGAUUUCCAUCUCCACGCAGAAGACUCCCCAAAAACAAUCAAAGCCCAGGAUAAACGACUCCGAAAAGAAGAGGAAAAGCCUGGGCUGCAUCUGCUGCACAUGACAGAGCGAUUACUGUUCCGUUGGGCUCCGUCCCCAAUGAGACAGCAGCGACGCGGGCGCAGGAUUUUAGUAGACGGGCUUUUCCAGGCCCCUGAGCUCAUCCCGCAGGCUACCGAGAACAACCAGUGACACUUAACUCCAUGGCAACGUUAGCAGGGAUCCCCAGCCCAUAAUACUCCACCUCUGCCCUGCAAUCCUUAACACUGUUUACAGCAUGGACUCUGAGAGGCAGAAGAGCGAGUGCAUCUGUGUACACACACACACACCAGCACAGCAGCGGUGGACUCAUUGCCAGGGUUCUGAUUGGUCCUGUUUAUUUUUACAGGUUGUUUGUGUCCCUUUAUUAUUGUUGUUUUUUUUUUUUUUUUUUUGCUUGUGUUUCUGAAAAAACAAAACAAAACAAAAAAGAGGCAGCAGGAUCUGAUAUGUAGGCCUAUGCAUUGCCAAUUUGUAACGUUGUUCCCCUUGUUGUAUUUUUAGACAACCUUUUUUUCAGAAGCGAAAUGAAAAAGCUCUAUUUUUUAUAAAGAAAAUUACUUGAAGAUUUCCUAUCGUGUCUGCGGAGACGCCGAGCUUGAAGGCACUCGCUUUCGAGACAGCGGAACGGCAUGUCUUGCGCCGUGAAGCAGCAUCACGGCGUGUAUAGUGUUUCUAAGCUGUAUCGAAGCAAAAUUGUAUUUUUGACUGUAUAAAGGUGAUUACAGACAUUGUAUUUGCUUAAGAAGAAAAAAAAACAGAAGUCUUACAUUUCCUUAUCCAAAUAAAACAAAACUGGCAUCAUUUA